GUAAAAUGAAGACGAGCAAGACCUUGUGGAGGAGAAGUGUCCAGCAUAAUUUUUCUGUUUUAGUUUUUUUAAGGCCCAACGAGUGAGAAAUAGUUAUUCUUGGAUUUCUGAGUCAGCGAAACUGAAGACGCAACCAACAAGGACAAUGGGUUUGGACAAUAGGAGUUACCCAGUUUGUGGCUGGUGAGGGCUUCAUUUUUUUCGGCUUUUAUUUCCUUAAGCAGCAGUUUUACUUGGUUAUCUCCUUGGAUGACUUCUUUCAUUCUCUGACAAGAGCCACCGUUUUGCUGACUUGACUUUGUUUGCCCCAUGGAAUAUUCCCGCAAGUGUCUUUUUAGCUCAACCUCUUUGAGCCUCGUUGACUUCUUCACUUCUUCACCUUGCGACUGAGACAGUUCAUAUUCUCAUCCUUCUUCAAACUCGAAUCUUCAGUUUUGACAACAUUGCAAUGUCUGUCUUGAGCUCUGCGGGGUUCGCACCGCCUCAAGCCGUAGCCUUACUGGUCGUCUAUUGUCUCGUCUACGUAAUCCCUCUCUACUUCUCAGCUGCGACACGGCCUUCACCCACUCGCUCUAGAGAUGCUCCUGAGGCUAUCCGCGCACGCAUCUUUGUCGUCUCACUCUCAACGGCAGUAUGCUCCCUCAUGACGCUGUAUCUGCUCUCGUCUCACGGCGCAAUUGCCGUUGAGAAGCCCUUGCAUUUCAUGGGCUACUGGCCGCCUGGACUCAUCGAUGCUGCGCGUGCGCUGUGGCUCACGGCCCUGCUGUUUGCGGGCCCCUUGUAUGAGUCUCUCGUCAUCGAUGGCGCGGCUCAUCAAUGGCUUCGUCUUCAGCCUCUGAGGGAUCUGUGGACUGACUGGCCAACCUGGAGAAACAUGGUAGCGGGUCCUAUUACGGAAGAGUGCUUGUUCCGUUCUGCUGGCGUUCCACUGCUUCUCCGUUCUGGAGCCAGCCUUACUGGCACCAUCUUCAUGUCGCCCCUCAUCUUCGGUCUAGCUCACCUUCAUCAUUUUUAUGAGUUCCGUAUCACGCACCCACGGACUCCUCUCCCCAUAGCCAUUGCACGGUCAUUACUUCAGCUAUCGUACACCUCCCUAUUCGGAGCGUAUGCCACUUUCUUAUUCCUAAGAACUGGCAGCUUGCUGGCCGUUGUGCUCGUGCACACCUUUUGCAACUGCAUGGGUCUCCCACGUCUUUGGGGCCAGCUUGAUCCUUACUGGCUGCCAGAGGGUGAUCCGUCCGUAGCCUCGUCUAGAAAGAUGUGGACUGGUGUUUAUUACGUACUUUUGGUGGGCGGCUUAGUUGCUUGGUGGCAGAAUUUGUACUCGUUGACCGAGACACCGAUGGCGCUGGCCAAGUUCUAAGAUUGUCUACUUCAUGCAUUUCACAAUCGAAUUGUUGAAUAUCGUAUGCACAAAUGAGAUGGCCCUCUCACAGACCACGCUACGGCCCCAUCUGAAAUGUUAAGCUAAAUGACCUACAUGAGCACGGGGACUAGCAGUAGCAUCAUUGUCUGUGCAUGAAAACAGUAUUCAGGUGAUGGAAUAGUCAACACAAUUCGAUCGUCAUCUGGUCUACUAAAGUCCGGGAGAACCGAAAUGUUGUUUCAGGAUGGAAUGAGUAGAGCUUUUAUUUCGUUUACAAAGCCUGACUAGGUAUCUAAUUAUGAGGCCGCGACCUGGAAAUCAGGCAAUGAUCCUGGCAUCGAGAAGUCAUCGCUGUCAUUGCUUCUCGUCCCUCGUCGAUGCCGAACUGUCCCUCCGGCUCCUCGAUCUCUAAUCUCUGCG